AUGUCUCAGUAUAUUGGAAAGACUAUUUCUUUGAUUUCUAACAAGGGACUUCGUUAUGUCGGAUUAUUAGAUAACAUUAAUGCUGAUGAUGCUACAGUUGCGUUAAAAUCGGUUAGAUCGUUUGGUACCGAGGGUAGAAUGGCUGCUAGUGGUAAUGCAAACCUUGAAGUUCAUCCAGGGACCGAUGUGUAUGAUUAUGUUGUUUUCAGAGGGUCUGAUGUUAAGGAUUUGACUGUUUUGGAUACUCCGAUUGAUCAAGUGAAACCAGAGCCUUAUACACAAGCUCCAGCAGCGGGUGGGUAUCCAGCAUACCAACAACAACCACAAACUCAAACACAACAACAGCAAAAUCAAAGUACACCAGGUCCUACUGCAACUUCUGCAGCACCAGCACAGGCAGCAGCGGUUCCGACUCAAACGGCAGCACCUAAACAAAGAGCCCAAAGACCUUCUGAAAAGCAGACUCAACCACAGGCUCCAACACCAUCGCAAACGCAACAAAAGCCACAACCUCAAGCUACUCCAACGUCAGAUCGUGCAGAGGAAACAAAGAGGGAAGAAGCUGCAUCGCCAGCCCAACCAAGACCGCAAGAACACCCACAAUCCGGUUUACAAAAGAACGCCUCUAAAGUAACUAAUGUGCCUGAAACGGCUUUUGACUUUGAAUCUGCAAACGCAAAGUUCUCGAGGGACUUAGAUUCAGAAAAGGAAGCGGAACAGCCAAUGUACAAUAAACAAUCGUCAUUCUUUGACAACAUUUCAUCAUCUGCUGAUGAAAAGAAUACUAUGAGGUGGGCCGAAGAGAAGAGUCUUAAUUUGGAUACUUUUGGUGAAUCCUCAGUCAACCAUAGAGGUAGAGGAAGAGGUAGAGGAAGAGGCAACUGGAGAGGAGGUAGAGGCAACUGGAGAGGAGGCAGAGGUAGAGGUAGAGGUGGUAAUAGAAGCAAUAAUGAUUAUAACAACAAACCUGAAUGGGCCUGA